AUGGACCAGGACACAGCACCAAAAGAGCCAUUAACGGAGGCUAAAAUCAGUCCCAAAGAGACUCCUGUAGAUCCGCAGUUUACGGGAGUAGCACCGGGAAAGACCGGAUAUCCUGUACAAGAUCUAAAAUUCACAGUUGAUGGCUUCGGACCUUCCCCAGGGGAAACUCUUGGAGGAAUGGAACACUCGAUGUUCGGCAACACAGAUACGAUCAAUGGAAAUAUCAAUUACCAAGAUCUCAUGACAUGGAGUCACUAUCCCCUAGAUCUUGAUAUGUACUCGAUGGGAUCUGAAUUAUCCGGAAGUCUAGUAACAGCUGGUUUCCUAGAAUCAAGUGAGACCUCCUCAAAUUCAGAUCCAAUGUUCUCUGGGUCACUGCAUCCAUCUCCAGCAAUGUCGCAUACCAAGAGUGCUAGUAUUUCUUCUCAGUCUGAUGCUAAUCGCCAAGCUAAAAUGGUCGAUAUUGCAGUUCCUAUCCUCACAGACAACAGUGUCGUGGACUUUGAGCUCCUUGUAGCUGCGGAAUCAGCCUGGCCUCUUGCACGAUGCAAUCCUCGACUAAUCCCAGGGCCUUCAACACGAACAGCCAUAGCAUAUCUCGAGAAUUUGGAACAACAUUCGAAGCACGAUGCCACAUGGAAGUCAUUAGAUCACGAUGUGGAGCCAGCUGAGCUUCAGUAUGGGAAUGGGAUAUCAGUCAUGCCUCACAACGAGGGAUGUAUCUUGCGGCUGGUUUACAAUUGGGUUAUGGUUGAUCAGGAGCUUAGCUUAUUUCACGACACCGCGCCGAUUAUGUCAAUCACAGAGCUUGAAACCCCAAUGCCUGGGUUAGAGUGUUUAUGGCUUGCUAAAGAUGCAAACGAAUGGUCGAAAAUUAUCCAACAAACAUAUAUCGGUAAUGAUUGGUUGUUACAUCCAAAUCCGAAGCUCAAUCAUUACUCCAAAAAUGGUAUGACCUGUGCGAACUCAAUGCCAAAAACGACCCAAAUUGUCAAAUAA